AUGAAUCUCUUCUUGGUCACUGCAAUUCUGCUGAUCCAGAAUCCCACAGUAACAGAACAACUCAAGAAAUGCUGGGGAGACUAUGUUCAGGGACACUGCAGAAGAAUCUGCAAAGUAACCGAAAUACGUAAGGCGCUAUGUGAAAAUGGGAGAUACUGCUGCCUCAGUAUCAGCAAACUAGAAGAACGCAAAAAAUUUACAAAGCCACCUCCUCCAAAGCCGCAACCAUUUGCCUUAACUCUUCCUCAAGAUGAAGUGCCAGAAAUUUUCUCAACUCUCGAGACAUAUCACACAUAA